ACUCCCCACAUCUAGUGAAUGAAUUGAACAUUACUGGCCUGUAUGUACCCAGUAUUAACAUACAUUCUGUAGAAAUCAUUGUGUUCAGUCUGCCACAACUGCGAUGAACUUUUGACCCUUUGUCAAUAGCUCCACGGGACUAUAUUGAGCGGAUUACCAAGACUUCGCGGAGCGUGAAUCGGCCGCGCCGCAGCUAAUCAAAUUGAAAGAUUUUACCUUGAGUCCUAAGUCGUUAACUUACUUGGUCUUAGAAAUAUGGAGUUUUACAAAGUUGUAGGAUUACUAUUCUCUCUGUUGUUGUUACCUCUGGCACAAGCCCUGAGUCCAGAUGGGACUUGUGACAGUGACAGCGACUGUCUGUUAUCCUUUUACCACUGCUGUACCGGAACUAUCUGGUGUUGUCCUUCCGGUUACAUAUGUACCGGAUCCGCAACCUGCCUUAGCAUCGGAGUGAUCGUGGGUCCAAUCGUUGGUCUGAUCGUCCUUAUCGUGUGUGUUGUCGUCUGCUGCGUCUGUUACAAGAAGAGACAACAAUCGCCCGGAGUUGUGUACAACCCGAACAUGACAACAACAACUGCCACAACUGCCACCUAUGGACAACCUCAGCCCUACGGACAACCCCAACCGUAUGGGCAACCCCAGCCUUAUGGGCAACCCCAGCCUUAUGGGCAACCCCAGCCUUACGGGGAACCACCAAAGGUGUAAGCAAAAGAAAGGAAAGGGGAUGAAAAUCAGAGAGAAAUAGAACAUUAAGCCUAUAUGAUAGGCUUAUAUGUAAACAACAUUUAUUUUUUACAGUUUUAUGCAAUUUUGUAUCAAGUUCUAAAGUCGUUUUUGUCAUAAUAUAUCGAUAUCUUAAUCCAAGUGCUUUGAAAAAGUAAGACCUCUUGUAUGAAUGAAAACUCUUUUUUGAAUACUCUUUUUAUUUUAUGUAUCUUUUUUUGCCUACAAAAAAUAUGUUUACAAACUUUUUUUUUUAUCAUUUUUUGUUUUAUUUGAAAAAAUAUGUUCUGUUAUGUCGAAGAGAAAUUGAGAGUGUGUGAUUGGACUUUAGCUUUUUCAUUUUUCACUAACAUUUGCGUUUAUGAAUUUCCUUUAUGUUUAUUUUUUAGAAUGUUAACAACUUUUGUGAAGAAAAAGUCCCUUGUACAAGCUUUUCUAUGUAUAUAGUACUCUUUAGCACAUAUUUCCGUUAAAAUGAAAUCAUGAAUCGCUCCCUCCCUCCCCCCCCCUCCCCCAUCCCGGGUGUUUAAUACCCGGUCAAUUUAAUGUUACAUACCUCUAAGCAUGAACGUUAUUCCUCCCUAUAUAAGACUCAAGGAAUGGUACCUCAAUAUGAUCUAGAAUUCCCCCUUAGGAUACUUUGACUCGGUUCAUUUGACACCGUAACAUGAUGAAAGAUCUUGUUCCCCGACUACAUAGGAGCUAGCAAUUUGUUAUAGCUUACACAUUUAAGGCUCUAAUUAAUUCUUAAUCAAUUAAUUAAUUCUAUUAGCAUGGUUUACUAUUGUCCAAGGAUUUAUUUUAUUUUUGCAUUGACAAGACUUUUGUUUUUAUAUUUGCUUUCGAAAGCUUUGGAUAUAUACGUGUUCAUUAUUAAAAUAUUUUUAUAACAAAG